GUGCUCUAGUGGGUGGGGCAGAUCUGGGCUUGCAGGCCCCAGGGAGAACUCCAAUGUUGUCUGUGUCAGCACGUCCACACCAGGCCACUAUAAUGGCCGCCACCAAUGUCCCAGUCCCUGGAGAGGUCUCACCUCUCACUGCAAUGCACUCAGAGCCUGUCAGGCCCGUUUACAGGACCCAGUCUGAACACAACACCAUGUGGAAGAUGCUGAAAAUGAUUCCAGAUUUAACCUCCCAGCUAACUGACGAGCAUCUGAGAACACUGAGUAAGAGUGUCAUUUCUGAAACCUGGGUAAAAGGCAGCACAGUGGUUGCAAAUGAUGGAUUUUAUAUAAUACUGAAAGGCCUAGCUAGACCUCGAACACAGGUAUAUAAAAAUCUGAUUGAAGAAAGUGAGUCAACACCCUCUUUCGUAUCUCAGACUUUCCACGGCUUUGUUUUUGAUGAAGAUUUCAAACACUCUCUACUUGGUGAGAUGUGCAUACCUUCACGUGACCCAAUGCUUAGACAAUGGAGUACCUUUGGAACCUUGGAAGUUACAGCUCACAUGGAAUCCGCAACAAAGUACUCAGUGGUAAUAGAAGAAGAUUGUGAAAUUCUUAAAAUCUCUGCAAAGAAUUAUGCAAAGUUAAAAUCGGAACAAACAAAACUUGAAAAUAAACAAAAGGAGGAAUUAAUUCGUAAGUGUCCGUAUUACAAAGAGUGGCCUACUUUAUCCAUAUAUGAGCUAGUUGCACUCAUUAAAUGGAAAAAAUUUCCUCCAGGUCAUGUGAUAGUGGAAAGUGGAAAUGUAAUUUCUUUUGUGGCUUAUAUUAAUUCUGGAUAUUGUAACAUUUAUAGAAGUAUUAUAGGAUUUGUGAAACUACAAUCAAAAAAAGUGAAAAAAAUUAGAAAACUUGUUUACAUGGGUCAACUUAAGGAGGAGGAGUCCUUCGGUGAGAUCAGUGUUCUUCUUCAAGACCCUUUCACAUGCACAGUAGUUACCGGAAAAGAGGUUGAGCUGGCGAUCAUUGAAGAUAAGGACCUAUUUGAAUUAGACCCAGUGACCAAGCAACUUAUGCUCCAAACAGCUCAACCAACUUUUGGCCAUCUAACAGAUGAGGAUGUCAAAAAUGAAUAUUUGCAAGAACAACAACAAAAGGAAUGGAAAAAUUUCAAGGAUCAGACAAUGAAAAACUCCUUGUAUUAUAAUGGAAUUAUUCCGGGCUUUGGAAAAUGGAACCAUCACUGGACAAGCAUUCCUAGAAAUCUCAAGGAUACUCUAGUCAGUUAUUAAAGAUGCCAACUCAUAAGAAGCUGGAAUUUCAGCAUGGAUUACUAAUUCUUUGUUUCUCAUUUGAAAUCACUAUCAUGAUUUACCAAAUUACCUUACAGCUUGAUUUCUUUUUGCAGACCAGCUUCCUACUAAUUAACUCAUAUAAAGACAUAAAUAAAUGUUUAUG